ACAAUGAAGCAUUCCUCUGCCUUCUAAGACAGAGUACUAGGAUUCGCGAUGGCGACCAUGUUAAAUCGCGGAAGGACGGCGGUCGGUCGCUUCCAUCGAAUUCAUCCCGAAUUUCAGGGAAAGGGAAUCGGAUCCAUGCUUUCAAGUGCGCUGGGAGAGGCAAUAUUAAAUCAUCCGUCUAUACAGGAGAUAAUGUAUGUGAAACUUCUCACGGGACCAAAGAUCUGUCCGUGUCCAUACGGAGACUACACCAUAGCAAUAACGAAGCCGCGGGUGUCCUACAACGCCAUAGACCACAGCGGCGUCGAGGCCGUAAGUUCGGCACUCGAAAAAUACGACGUCAACACUCUGCGCUGGCUGAACGAUGACGAGGCGAAAUAUGCGCUGACGUCACCGCACGUCGGCAGACGUCUCUUCCCCGACGACGUCAUUCUCGUCGACCUGAUGCCGUACCGACGAGCGGCCGACGUGCACGCGAUUGUCGUCGACAACGAAAACCCGUACGUGCUCGCCGACGACGGCUACGCGUCGCUCAGCUUCGGUACGGCCUUCCCGCUCGCAGACGACUUCCGGGUCCGGUACAAGAUCGACGUGUACGCGAGGGACGCGGCGGCGGCAAGGUCGCACGUCGCUAGGCACGCGCGGCUGGCCGCCGCCAUCUUUGACGGCAAGAGCGUCGCCUUCGUCGUCUGCGCCGACGCGCGUUUGCGUGACGUCAGAGCCGACGUGUUCCGUGCUGUCGGCGAGGCGGGCUUGCAGGAGAGUGAUGUCGGGAGAGGCGGCGGGCAGUACCAGCUGAUAGCGGCCGUUGACGCGAGAGAUUUCGCAGAGAGUAUAAAACGCGACGCGCAAUCGAACCCGGUGACGUGGCAGUGGGAGCCGGGAGCACUGCGCAUGCGCUGA